UUGUGCCUUCGGCUGUUGGCGCAUACUCGACUAGUUUACAACUGUCGCAACUGCAAUCGAGAACGAUAGAAAACGUUAUAUGUGAGUCGUAUAAUCAAUCCUAUAUCCCAUUUGUCCGAUUUGUUAUGACUGGAAGAGAAUUUUAUUUGAAAUUAAUUGAAGCGAUUGAAGCACGACCUUCCUUAUACAACUACAAUUUGAAGGAAUACGGAAAAAAGGAUAUAUCAGAGAAGAACUGGUUGGAAGUUGCAAAUGAAACCGGAAAAGAAGUUGCAAUAUGCAAGGAUAAAUGGAGAAACCUAAGAACCGUCUUCACACGACACUUCAAGAAGAGUAACACUAAGUAUCAUUUAUAUGACAAUUUGAAAUUUCUGAUACCAUUCAUGAGAUACCUAGACUUAGGAAAUGAUGACGGUCAAAUCUCUAACGAUAUACAAAUCGUUUAUACGUCGUCUGCAGAAGAAGAAUUAGAUAAUUCAGAAAGUAUUGAAAAUUAUUCAGAAAUCAAGAUUGAACCCAUUGAGAUUGGUGAAGACGUGAACAAAGAUGAUUCUUAUGUAUUUGGUUGUAAUGAUAUUUCAACUGAAAAAGAAAUUGAUUCCUCAACGAUGCCAAUAUGUACCGAAAAGACUUCGAUAAAAAGACAAAGGCAAGAAGAGAUCCCUCCUCAGUUUGACUGCAAAAGAAGGAAACAGGAAGAAGAAGCAAAAACUGCUUUCCUCAUGAGUUUACUUCCCGAUUUUUUUUUGAUGAAUAACCAGCAGUCCCGCAGGUUCAAGAAACGAAUUUCAGAAGUUGUAGAAGAAAUAUUAGAUGGCCAUCAAAACAACAAUUGAUUUAUAAUGCUCAAGGUUUUCACAGUCGCAUUGUUCAACAAAAUUGUGACCAAUUUUGCUUCGCGCACUACUGCGGUAAGCAUCAUAAGAAGUUUCUAAGGCGUAGAUUGUAACUCGACGGUGGAUGAAUCCCAAGUUUUUCGAGUUCUGAGAAAUCUAGCGUCUAGUUAUAUCCUAGAAUUAAUAUCUGAUGAUGCUUACCGUAGUAGUAGGUGAAUCGUCAGGUGAAAAACCUACUUGAACACAGCUGAAAAGACCGAAAUUUUUCAAUCAUGACGAGAAAUAAUUAAGUUAAAUUAUGAAAAUUAUGAUUGAAGUUAUAAAAAGUUCAUCUUCAAUUUGAUACUAGGAAAUAAAAAAUUCUCUAGUCA